UAUUGCCAUGGGGGCACCAUAUGAUGAUUUUGGCAAGGUGUUCAUAUAUCACGGAUCCAAGAAUGGAAUAAAUACAAAGCCAGCACAGAACAAGCAAUCAAGUUAAUUUGGCUCCAAUUACUGCUACUGCUUAAGUGGUUAUUGAAUUGCUUUUGUCACUCACUUGAGUUGCUAAGCCUUCCCAGGUGUACUUUGGAGGUAACAUCAUUGAUGAGAGUGCUAUGAAAUCUGAAGAUGAUGUUGGAAAAAUAAUAGAAUAUAAAUUCAGAUCUAGAUUAUUAAAAAAAGAUUAUUAAAAUUCAGAUCUAGAUUAUAUUGCUGCACACAGGCAAGCUGCAUCACCAUUAAUCACGUCGUCCUCCCUUCGACAACACACAACUUGACUGGCCCAUCAAAAGUGGGGCUUCCUCUAGCCUUGAAAGUUCAGGGUCACACUUCCAAUAAACAUCCAUGCCUACAGGUAACAAAACUUACAUACACAAAACCCAUCAAUGGUAUGCCCAGUGCUGGUGCUCAGAAAGUGUGUGCAGAUAUUUGUGCACGUAAAGCCGAGCGUCCACAAACAAGCUGUGUUGCAGCCCUUUUUGAAAAUAUGGCCUUGUGAGCUCACUCUCUUGGCCUUCUGCCUUUUAAUUAUUAGGGCCUUGGCUACACUUGUGAGUUACUUUGCAUUAAAGCAGCCCUGGGUGCCCUAACUCACGACACGUCCCCCCCACUGGCAAGGCACGCAGAGUGCUCUGACUUGGCGGCUAGAGCGCUGCUGGUACUGCGCCUCAGCGAGUGAAAUAACGUUUGCUGUGCGUCUGCUGGAGCGCCAUGGCACCAGUGUGGACGCCGUGUUCUGUUAGUGCGCUCUGAUUGGCCUCCAGAAGUGUCCCACAAUGCCUGUCCUAGCCACUCUGGUCAUCACUUUGAACUCUACUGCCCUGCCCUCAGGUGACCAACCAUCAGACUCACCCUUUAAAUUCUCUGGGAAUUUUGUAAAUCCCCUUCUUGUUUGCUCAGCCAGGCGUGGAGUGCUCUCAGCGCAUCUUUCCAGGUGACUAUGCCUCCACGCGCCAGGCGAUCGCCAGUAUGGAGCAAUGGCAAGGUGCUGGACCUCAUCAGUGUUUGGGGGAAGAAGCUGUCCAGUCCCAGCUGCGCUCCAGCCAUAGGAAUUACGAUACCUUUGGGCAGAUAUCAAGAGACAUGCUGGAAAGGGGCCAUGACUGGAACGCAUUGCAGUGCAGGGUUAAAGUGAAGGAGCUGCAGAAUGCCUAUGGCAAAGCCCGAGAGGCAAACCGCUGCUCCGGUGGUGCCCCUGGGACCUGCCGUUUCUACAAAGAGCUGGAUGCGAUACUUGGUGGCGACCUCACCUCCACGCCAAGGACCACCAUUGACACUUCAGAGCCCAGUUCAACAAGGCUGGAGGAGGAGGAGGAGGAAAGCAGGAGCAAGGGUGCUGAGGCGGAGGAAGACACCCCAGCAUCCCUAAAUGCAUGCAGCCAGGAGCUGUUCGAAAGCCAGAAGGAAGGUAGCCAGUUGCAGCAGCCGGUGCUUGGGGCAGGACAAACACCAGAGGAAGCUCCCAAUGCAACCUUGAGAUCUCAGCCGUCCAUGUUAUCACCGGCCGAAAGACUCCAAAGAAUUAGGAAGAGGCCACAUAGACGCAAAGAAGACAUGCUGCAUGAAGUCAUGCAGCAGUCCCUUAAUGAGAAUCUAAAAGCGCAGGAGUGGAGGGAGAGUGAAAGGAGGAUCCGCCAGCAGAAUGAGGAGUGCUGGCACAAAAGCACGGUGCUCUGGCAGCAAAGCAUGGAUUGGCUGAUAAACAUCAUGGAGUGCCAAGCGGACUCGAUCCAGGCGCUUGUAGCCAUGCAGGUGAAACACUACCACACCCUCCCUCCCUCCCCCCGCAGCCCUUGUCCCAAAACUUUUUUCCUUGUGCCCCCAUGUCACCGCCAACGCACUUUCCCCAACAUCUGGGUUCUUAUCACCACCAGCUGCCUCCAACACCUGAAGCUUCACGAGCCUCUGGGUUGUAGUUUGCCCACCUCUGACCUAGUUCCAUUCUCUUUAUCAUUCUUGUUCCUGCCUUGGGUUACUGAAGACUUCCCUUUACAGCUGUCAUUACAUAUGCCUAAUGCAAUAAUCUAGAAUACUUGGUGUAGUUUGUAGUUUCUGUGGGUUGACAACAACGUUCUAGAUAUUGCUGUAUUGUUCUCCUGACUUUAAAAAAACAACAACAAAACUCCCAACUACCAUACUGCUGGACCAAGAGGGCCAGAGAUGUAAUUCUGUUUGCCUCAGAAGUUCCCUUGUAGUUGUAAUCCUCCUGCGUGUCUAACAUUUUUGCUACCGCUAGAAGGUUCUGCCACCUGUUGCUGUUAGAAGAGAACAGAUCCCACUUACAUUUGUAGACACCAGUGGCUCAGGACUGAACUGGAACAUGUUUUACCCUAAAUAUAGUUGCAAUCAGCCAGGUCAGCCAGAGUUUUUAUUUAUAUUUCAUUUUCAUAGUCCUGUGGGGUCUGAACAGAACAAGUAAAUCUUGCAACUGCUCUAGCUUUAUUGUUAGCAACAGACUUUUAAAUAAAA